AGGAUUAAGAAGGAGAAAGGAGAAAGUUUCUCUUUUUCCUUCCCUGUUCCCAGCGGUCUUGUUGCACUGAAAGAGAGUGAUUAGCCCACGAUGGCCAACCGCCCGCUGAACGACGCUCACCGCGUCCACCGCACCGACCUGCAACCCUUGGUGGAGAGGAUGAUCCGGGCUCGAAUUUACCAGUCCAAGUACUGGCAGGAGGAGUGCUUCGGCCUCACGGACGAGCAGUUCGUGGAAAAAGCCACGGAACUGAGGUCUGUGGGGGGUGUCUAUGGCCCCCACCUCCAGCCAACACCGUUCCUCUGCCUCGCCUUGAAGAUGCUGCAGCUCCAGCCCGAUAAAGUCGUGGUCCUUGAAUUCAUUAGAAAUGAAGAUUUCGAGUACGUCCGCGCGUUGGGGGCCUUGUACCUGAGGCUGACGGGCACGGCCAGGGACUGCUACAAGUAUCUGGGGCCUCUGCUCAAUGACUAUCGAAAAAUUACGAUCCAGAACCGCCACGGAGACUUUGAACCGAUGGCGGCAAACGAGUUUAUCCACCGCCUGCUGCACAGCGAGUGGGUCUGUGAUAUCCGGCUGCCCCGGCUGCAGACGCGGCGUGUCCUGGAAGAAACUGGCCCCCUGGGACUUGGAAUCGGCGUCUUGGGGGAGGAUGUGAACUCCAGAGAGGAAGAAGACAUGCCCCGAGGCCGGCGAGAAACGAAUCCCUCCAGGUAUCAUCGCCGAAAAACUUACAGGGAUCAGUCCCCUAAGCGGCUCUACAGGGGAAGCCAGAGCCCGUCUCCAAAAAGGAGGAAAGUGGGCCUCAGUUGGGAAAUAUCUCCCAGCAGGAGCCUGAGGCACACGGGGUGGAACGGGUGCCGAGCAGGUCCCCGGCCAGUUGGUCCAGCCAAAGUCGGUCUGCCUGCCGGGGGUGUCUAA